AUGGGAGUUGCGGAGGCGGCGCCUGAUGCGCAGCAACACGCCGAAGAACUAAAGGACGCUGUCCGGCGCUGGAAAAGUAGAAAGUCCGUCCCGGCACCUAACAAUGGAUCAACCAAGACGACCCCCAAAGCGCCUCCGCCGACGCCCGUAGGCACCGCAGGCAAGACCGCCUCGGGUAAAGCCGAAACCAGAACCCAAGGCCUUCUCAGAACCUCUUCUCCGUCCUCUGUUCAGCCCCAGUCGGGUUCCGCCCAGUCAGGUUCCACCCAGUCGGGUUUUAUCGCUGACCAGACUGAGCAGCAACAACGAAUAGCGGAACAUAGAGCAAGUGCAAAGCCGCGACCGGCUACACGGGGCGCGGGGAAGGAGCCCCCGACCAAGCAGUCGCUACUGGCCGUGGCGGUGGAGAAUGUGGCCGCUCGCGCAACCGGGUCAGCCGGCAAGGAUUUCGCUGGUCCAAUGAGUUUCGAAACCAUCAUGAAACUAAAACGUGGGAAACGCUCCGAAAAUGCUGCCCAUGCUAGUGCGCCGGGCUCCGCCGAGCUCGGUGAAAUCGUCGAGUCCGAGGCGACGCCCAGUGAAGGCCGGGCGUCUCCCAUGAAUGAGGUUCCUUCCGAACCCCCCCAGACCGCUCUACCUCUGCCCAAGCCGACCCUGGCCAAGGCAGUUGUGACCAAGGCAGCUGUGACCAAGACUGCUGUGACCAAGACUGCUGUGACAAAGGCAGCUGUGACCAAGGCAGCUGUGACCAAGGCCGUUGUGACCAAGCCGGUCGUGCCCAAACCGGUCGUGCCCAAACCGGUCGUACCCAAACCGGUCGUGACCAAACCGGCUGCGGCCAAGGUGGCAGUUACCAAGGCGGCUGCCACUACAACUGACCCCGCUACAGCCAAGGCCACGGCGACUAACCCCGCUCCGGUCGAGUCCGUUGCCGCCAGACCGGGGCCCGCUUCCGCCACAAGAGCACCAACCAGCGAAGACCAGCCACAGCGGGUCGGAGUGCCUAGUGGCGAACCCGUCGCGAAAGCAAAGGCGAGCCCCGCACCGGUCUCUGCAAAUCCCUCCGUUACGAAAAACCCCGUCCCGCAGGGAGGGCUCUUUCAACAAGGAAGUCCGGUCCCACAGGGAGGUCCGGUCCCCCAGGGAGGUCCGGUCCUCCAGGGAGUUUCAGCCUCGCAGGGGCGUCUUGUUUCGCAGGGAGGUAUCUUACAGCAAAUGAGUCCGGUCCAACCCGUGGCCGCGAAGCAGGCGCCCAGUAUUCCACAGGACGUUGCCAAGGCAGCGCCUGUCCUUGGCCCGCCGGUAUCGCAGAGAGAAGUUUCGGUGCUGCUGGCGACCGGGGUCUCCGCGUCCGGACACGUCGCGGACCAAGCACCCUUGGUGGAGACGGCCGGGCCGCGGCAAGAGCCGCCGGCCACGGUUCAUGUGGCUACGGACGUCCGCAGGGCGAACAAGAAGCCCCCAGUGGUCGCGACCUGCGCGGCAACUGCCGUUCCCGGCCGUGUUCCGGACGUCGCGGCUCGUGGACGGUCAGAUACGACUCCGCGAGUGGCCACUCAGUCAGUGGUCAGUCAGCCGGAGUCCGUUCCGACCGCAGCACCUAUACCGGUGGAGGUGAUAGCGGCUCAGCCAAAGGCGACUCCGCCAGGUUUUGAGGUGGAGCCGCCUCAGCCCAAGCCGAUUCAACCGGAGGAGGCGGCGCCAGCGACUCGGCCGUCGGCGACAGCGACUCAGGCCGCGACUCAGCCGGCGGCGCUUCGGGCCGCGGCCAAAUCGUCCGCCCGGGCAGCGGAGUCGGAGGCGCGUCCACAGAAACGUGGAACGCCACUGGUCGUGGAGACGGCCGUAGUCGUGGCUCCGCGAAAGCGGCGCGCGGUUUCGCAAGAACAGUCGGAGGUGGUGGUUACGCCGCCACGUCCGUUGGCGCGAGAACAGAGACUGGAACUCGAACGUUGGCGUUCCGCCCUCGGCGCCUUGGAGGAUCCGCAGGACUUUGUCAACCACCUCGAAAAACAGGCCGUUGCGGAACUCAACGUUCUCUCCGCACCCGACCGCCAACUCGUCAUUGAGGCGCGAGACCGGCUCCUAGACGCCAUUCUCAAAACAACCACCCCGCCACCUUGA